AUGAGCGAGUUUCUCAUUGGCUUUGCUUCUCUUGCUCGCCCUUUCCCCUCUGCUGGGCACAUCCUUUCCUGUGCUUUCUUUGCAGUCUCAACACAUUCCUCAACAAGACCCACCAGCCACACGCCGAAAACAACAAUAACCUCUUCUCCGUCCACAACGUCCAGAACUACCGUGUCUACACAGACCGCAACAACCAGCACGCCGAAAACCACUCCCCCGAUGUCAACCCCUGUGCCGCCCAUGACUACACCCGUUCCCACUACUGUUUCCACCCACCCCACAACACUCAGCACACCCACCCCACUCAGCACACCCACCCCGGCCACUACAACAGCACCCCACACCUCCAGCACACCCAUCACUUUGACAACUAAAACUCUUCCCACUACCACAACCACGCCCACAAUUCCCACCUCCACUACCACCAGCACUACAGUACCCACACCCACCACCACAACUACUACCACAACUCGCCCUACCCCCACAGAAACGUCCAGUCCUGCAACCACCACAACUCCCGCGACCACAACCGUCACAACGAGCAGCGGUAAGCCUUCUUGGUCGCUCAUCAGCUGCUUACGCAUCAUUUGCCAUCGUUUCGUUAUCCUAAAGCAUCAACGGGCACGGUGA